AUGGAUAUUGGUGAAGCUCCCCGGGCUUGCGCUUCAUGCAAAAGAAAUAAGCGUGGAUGUGAUAAAGGUCUACCAAAAUGUAGCUUAUGCGUAAGGACAAAUCGAGACUGCGAUUACUCAGACAACUCCCAAUUUAGUCAGAGAGACGAGCUUGAAGAUUUGCGAAGUCGCAUCCAGGAACUUGAGCAACGCUUGACCCCCUUCACUCUAACACCAGCUGCGUCUAUAAGUGACUUAUUUAAUCCUGAUAACCCUGCUCAGCUUCCACUUCAUCAAAACUUGUCCGCAGUGGUCUCUUAUAUUGAUUCUAGUACUGGCUCCACUUGCAAUAUUCCCAGCCCUUCAAGCCAUGUUCCUGCCCCGGAUGAUGUCUCUACCUUGCUGGGUGGCUCGGAUAUAGAAGACAUCAAAUUUCGUUAUUUCAGUUCGGUACAUACCUGGAUGCCUAUUGUGAGCAAGAUUCGAUUGGAGCGUAUCACAAAAUGCGCGCCUGGUCUCUUAAAAGCAGAUACAUUGUUUCUGAUCUUGUGCAUGAAACUUGUGUGCACAUAUGACCAGAGCGAGGGCUCUUCCGGUCUCUACAAUGUGGCCAAGAGACUGGGCCAGGAGCUUGAAUUAAAGGGUCUCAUCACAGUCCGCACGAUUCAGGCCGGCCUGCUUCUUUGUGUAUAUGAAGUUGGUCAUGCUAUUUACCCCGCUGCUUUCUUAAACAUCAGCUGCUGCGCCCGACAGGGUGUGGCUCUUGGCCUGCAUAACAAGUCAGCCCCCCAAUUAGCCGGCGCUCCCAGAAGUUGGGUCGAUUGGGAAGAAAGGCAACGGGUUUGGUGGAUGAUUGUGAUUCUGGACAGGUAUAUUGCGAUAGGAUCUGACCUUCGCCCCCUGUGCACUGAAGAUCCCAAUAAAGACACCCUCAUUCCAGCAAGCGAUAGUGCUUGGGAUAGUGGAGAAAUGAUGUGCCCCGAACGGGUGUUACUCUCAUCGAACAGCGAUACCCCAGUUAGUGCUUUUGCACGUCUAGCGCAGGCAUCUAACCUACUCGGCCGUGUUGUCAAACAUUGCAAUGACACAUCAAUGGAACCUGAAUAUUCGCUAGACAGCUUUGAAAGGCUCACGCAGACAAUAAUCGCGCUCUUGCAACUAUUAACUACAAACGAAGAGUUUUCGUCAAGAAAUCCACUAAGUCCUGCGGCAGCACUAUCCAACCACCAUGCAUGUGAUCUACACAGUGAAGUCCAGGGCCUUGACAUUGGACUGGUCUCUCGCCUCCGUGAAAACAUGCAACGAAGUCUCCAGAUGCUGAAAGACAUCUCCAAUCAAGUGAUAAUGUUCGUUCAAGAUGCCAGAGAAUCGCUGACUCCACAAACGAUGGAUUUGGUGUCACCGCUUGUCUUGAACUGCAUCUACGGCUCUACUUCAAAUCAUUCGUGGAUGGUAUUAGAGAGUGGUGCUUCGCAGUAUGCAAUUGGCAAGGCCGUCUGUGAGGACAUGCUUCAGCAUUUAGGUACUCGAUGGAGAGCAGCUAGUAAGUUUUGA